AGUGAGAGGGGGGAGAAGAUGGCGGCUAGUGUGAAGAACUCGUUCCUGGAGCGACUUCCGGCGCACGUGGACGACGAACACCGACCCUACGCGACCCCCAAGUUGGCGCGGAGCUCGUUGAGGCUGUUGCUUCUCACCCUUUUUUACCUCGUAUUCCUGGUCCUGGGCGCGUCCAUCUUUUCAGCCAUCGAGUCCCCGGGUGAGCUGGGUCUCAUCAAGAGUUUAGCUGCGACCAAACGGGACUUUGUCAGCAACCACUAUUGUUUAUCUGAGGAGGAGUUGGAAGAGCUUUUGGAGGAAGUACUGCUGGCGCACGACCGUGGCGUGUCAGCAACCCGCAACGCUUCCAGUGGAAGAAACUGGAGCUUCGGACAAUCUUUCUUCUUUUCUGGAACUAUUGUGACGACUAUC